AUGGUUCACUCGGUUCUGCCAACUCUCGCCGCAGCGUCGGCCCACUGCAGCAUGGCUCUACUAGCCCCCGCUGCUCUUGCCCAUCAAAUUGUGCUGAACCCGCUGCCCGGUUUGGACGACAGACGACAAGGACACCAGCGGCUCACCGACCCCGAGGGCACCCCGCGGCCAAUUCCGUCAAAGCGCAUUUUUCGCACCACGGGUUACACGCACAAUGGACCGUGUGCAGUAUACCUAAACAAAAAGCUGGUGCUGGACGGUGAGGAUUGCCACACGCAGUAUCCUGGCAAGGACCACAUAAUCGACUAUUCGUCGUGCAAGCAGAAGUGCUUGCUUCGCUGGUACUGGCUUGGUAUUCGUCAAAUCAAGGGCAUAGUGUCGUGGCAGGUGUACAAGGCGAUUAUUCCUCUGACAGCUGAAAAACCAUCGUCCAAAGAAAAAUAA